UGCGACCAAUGUGACGGCCAAAUGGGAAACACGACGGCGGCAGCAAUCCUCUCCAAUCCUGGGAAAGAGUUGGCAGUUAGUUGAAUUGCAACUUGACCGCCAGAGCGAAUGAAUACAUGAGAGAAAUGCAAAGCGGAGACAGCAACAGUAGCGUCGACCAGGUCUGACCCUGGCAGUUCCGCCAGCCAUGCUCCUUUCCCAAGACAAUACUCACGAUAAAACCCGCUUGAGCCCCGGCUCAAUGCCCAACUUCCUCUUCUUCCCUCUUUUCUUACAACCCAACAAACAUUUCAGCCCAACGACCCAAUAUUCUCAAACCCUCCUCUACAUCUUUUGCAAAUCCUCGCCUCAUUUGUGCAUCGACGCAUACCGCCCUGAUCUCCCGGCUGUGAAAUAUCAUCCCAGGAUCAUCUCUGUACAACUCUUUCUGCUGUCGACCACAACAACAUUCAACAGCCCAAGGAUCCUUUGUACGCGAGACACAUUAUUGUCUUGUAUUCCGCGAGGACUUCAUCCGUCAAGGAUUAUCACAAGGACAAGCACUCCAGCUGUGUCUGUUCCAGGAACAAUGACUGCUUCUGUCGCUCCAAGCUACAGUUCGUCUCUAGAUAUGGACAACGUCCACACUCCCGCGAGGUAUAUUACACUGCUUUCUAUUUACUACCGGAGCUUUAUUUGCAACCAUCAAAUCAUGUCCUACGCUCAGUCAUGUAAUUUGCUUUUCACAUUGCGACAUACCAGCCAGUGCUUGGUAGACGCAAACACCGAGGGAUCAGGACUCCAAAGGACAUUUUCGAGGACAUUACCAUUACCCAGGAAAGGAUUCCCAUGGCUUCUACUAGGAUCACUCAAUCACUCCGGAUUGAACACUGAGAAGCUGUCCCGGCCUCAGUUGGAUACACAAAACAAACGAAAGAAAUUCUUGAGACAUAGUCUCCCCAACAUCUCCAAUGAGAGAUGGAACCUGCCCACAGGUUCGACAUUACCGUAGCACACCGGAAAUGGAUUUCACUAGUUCUCCGAUUUCAUUCAAUGGAUUUUCAUCUGACCAAGGAUUAUUUUCACUGUGGACGGUUCUUUUCGACAAAUCGGAUUCCAGGUCGUGUCCCAAAACUGCUGGGUUUCGCGGACACAUUUUCUACUGAAUCAUGGACUUGCUCAACAUUUACUUUGUUCAACUAUCAGCGAUGUUCAGCAACCAACUUGGCUGGAUCAUUGCAACCGAAAUGGACUGGAAUUUUCGCCCCAUGGAUUUUUCUAGGAUGGUUCACUUCAACAUUUCCCGAGGUCUCGAGUUCUUUCAUAUUCACCUGUAGUAUCUCUACCUGGUCACUGGAAUUUUCUUUACUGGACGCUGCG